AUGGGGUUGGAUGGUGUGAUCUGCAAAUCGUCAGAUGAAUUUAUAUCAAGUGAUUUAAACAUUGGGCUUGGAAACUACAUAAAAGGAAUGAAAUAUUCUUGUAUUCAAUGUGACAGAAAGUUUUCAACUAGUUUCCGUUUAGUUGAACACAAGAAAGUUAUUCAUGAAGGAAUAAAGUAUUCAUGUGAUCAAUGUAGUAAAACGUUUUCGUCUAAAUGUAUGGUAAAUAACCACGUGAAAGCUAUUCAUAAAGGCAUAAAACUUACUUGUAAACAAUGUGAUAGAAAGUUUAAUUGUAAAUCCAAUUCUAAACGGAUAUGUAAAGUUUGCUCAUGA